GGCAGGUGGAGACAGGUGCAGCAUAACCUCCCUACUUUUAAAUUCAAUCCCUCUAGCAAUGAAGGGCAACAUUCCAUUUGUUUUCUUGAUAGCCUUCUGCACCUGCAAACCAACCUUUAGUGAUUUAUGCACAAGCACUCCCAAGUCCCUCUGCAUAGCUGCAUGCUGCAAUUUUUUUUACCAUUUAAAUAAUAAUGUGCUCUUUCAUUUUUCCUUCCAAAGUGGAUGACCUCACAUUUACCAACGUAUUCCAUCUGCCAGACCCUUGCCCACUCACUUAGCCUAUCUAUAUCCCUCUGUAGACUCUUUGUAUCUUCUGCACAAUUUGCUUUUCCACUCAAUUUAGUAUCAUCAGCAAACUUAGAUACACUACGCUUGGUCCCCUUUCCCAGAUCAUUAAUGUAUAUCGUGAACAUUUGCGGGCCCAGCACUGACCACUAUGGCACACCACUCACCACUGAUUGCCAACCAGAGUAAUGCUCAUGUAUCUCAACUCUCUACUUUCUAUUAGUUAGCCAAUCCUCUAUUCAUGCUAAUACAUCACCCCCAACUCUAUGUAUCCUUAUCUUAUGGAUGUCUUUUAUGCGGCACCUUAUCGAACACCUGGAAAUCCAAAGAAACAGAGUGCAAGAAUGGAGAAUGUAACAUUUGGUUCCCCGUGCGAGUCCUUGUCUGCGGACCAAUUGAGCACAAGUGUUCAAACUCCAGUUCAUUCCAACACAGUGGUGAAAACGCCAAUGAGUGCUAGUCUCCGGGAGCGGCUGAAGAAAACACGGCGUUCCUUUAAUUCUCCCUUCAUUGUGCCAAAGCGAUUAAAGGUAGACUGUGAUGGCGAGGGUAAGAACUGUUCAGAGACUGGUAUGGACCUGGGUAUCAGACAGAUUGGUGAAACUUCUGCUGCUGGGAGUGUUGUGUGCACGAAGACAGAAAGCCCUUGCAAAAAGACACUUGAAUGGCAUGAAGUAGACACAGAAGGGGAAGGGCUGCGUUCUGGACCCUCCCGAACAACCUUACGAAACGCCUGGACUCUAGCCAAGUCACCAAGACGUUAUCCCGGGACUGUGAGCGUCGAAUAUCAGGCACUACUUGAGGAAAGGAAUCGACUGCAAGGGGAAGUGCAAAAGAAAGAAGAGCUUCUUCGCAGGUUGAAAAUGGUUCAGAUGUAUAGGACAAAGAAUAAUUUGACAGAACUGGGGUUGCUGAUAGAGAAAUGGAGGAAGAGCAGCCAAAAUUUGCUUUACGAACUUCAAAGGGCCCUUUCUACUGAUAACAAGCCCACUCUCACUCAACUCAUAGACAGCUUGGCUGUGGAAGAUAGGCUGCUACACUACAACAGGUCUGAGGAGGACUUCAUAGAUACAUGAGGAUCAGCAGCCUUGUCACAACAAUACAACACCCAGAACUGUGAUGUAAGCCUUUAGUGACCCUGUGAACUCAACAUUUUUUUGCCACGACGAGACAUGCCUUAUUAUAAAGACUGCUCCACUGGGUUCUAAGUGUGUCCUGUUUUUAUUUUCUAAAGUAUGUUGUGCUUUCUGUUUUGAGAAAAAUACAGUGCUAUGUGUCAUGGACUCUUUUCUAGCCAUUAUUGACACUGUUGGCAUUAUCCAGAUGAUAUUUACGGUGGAUUGGCACUUGCCCUGUCCUGCGGUGGUCCAAGAUCACUUGAACAGGUUUUUACACGGUGCAGUGUUUCUCAGCAAUGACCCAUGGAGAUGUUACAGCAGAGAAUAACAAUGCAACAUUACACAUUUCAUAGGCGACUUUAAUGGCUGAGGAGUAGACAGGGCAAGUAUGCAGAGGCAAAGAAUGGGAAGUCAGCAUGAUGAUUGAGCUCAAGGCUUCUCUCAAGGGGGAGGAAUUGGGGAAGAUCACUGGAUACAAUGCAAUGCCAUUAGCUCAGUGAGGACUUUUUGUUAUAGGUCACCGUUAAACUCAAUAAAAUAUGACCAAGUGCAAUCCGUUUAACAGCGCACUGCUGGUCAUGAAAUGGAACCUCCACUUCUAUUAAAAAUCUUUUAAGAUGAAUAGUGGGAAUUAACUUUGAGACAAGCCUUCAUUUAAAUAAAGGGCACUAUGAAGGUGCAAUGCAGGAGUUGGCU